UUAAAAAAAUAAAUAAAAAAAUGGUUGGAGUCAAAUUUCUUGCAAUCGACAAACGCGUUGAUGAAGAAAAUUGGGUGAUUGAAAAUUGGAUCAAAGAAUCAGUCUUUUGUGUUUCCAAGUCUUCCCACCCAUGUCUCAAAUCUCACCAAGUCUUCUCCACACACACACACACACACACACCACUCGUACGACCAGAAAACCUCCAUUUUCAAAAUUAUGGUUUUCACUGAAUUUUUAGGUCAAUCAAUUUUGUAUUAGGGGUUUUUCAUCUGUUGAAUUAAUCUUCUGGGUUUUAAUCAAUUUUCAAGAAUCUGGGAGAUAUAGGUGGUUUAAAUUAAGAUGCCCAGUGUUUUGAGGAGCAAUUUACCAAAAAACGAUGAUUUUAGUGCGCAGUACUCAUUCGCCGUGGAGUACAGUGGCCCUCCACUCAAUCGGGAUAUUCCCCAAGUGUUUCCGGUGGAUCUUCGCCGGAUUCCGACCGCCACGGUGGCGUCAGGUAGUUCUUUGCCGGCCAAUAAUUUGUGCCUACGAGUUGUUCAACCAAUUGCCCAAACUAGCGAUCACACCUCGAAAAAGGUACCGCCAACUGAUCUCACACCAGAAAUAGCAGACAGAAACGGAGCUCAAAGUUCUACUAGUUCCGGUACUCUAGGUUUUUCCGAUGGUCUCAAUGAAUCGAAUCACUUGUCGGAAAGCUCCGAUGUUUCGUAUGCUCAUUGCCCGAACCCCACCGCUUCCAAUUCGAACCAAGACUUGCCAUUGACCGAUGAUGAUGAUUUAGUGUCUGAAGAUAGUGAUCAUGAUGGUGUGCCCACUGCAAUCUUUCCGGAAAAGCCGGUGCUUUCCGACGAGUUGAAGAAAGGGUUGUGCCAUAGGUGUCGUAAAAAAAAUCGGUUUUCGGAGAAGGAAAUCUGCAUUGUGUGUGGGGCUAAGUACUGCAGUAAGUGUGUGCUCAGAGCAAUGGGGUGUAUGCAAGAAGGGAGGAAAUGCAUUACUUGCGUCGGUUAUAGAAUUGACGAGUCGAAAAGGGAAUUAAUCGGGAAACCUUCUAGAAUGCUGCGGAAGCUUCUCACGGACGAUGCGAUUAAGCAAAUCAUGUGCUCGGAGAUGACAUGUGAAGUUAAUCAGCUGCCGCCGCAGCUUAUCUACGUAAACGAUAGGGCUCUUUCGAUGGAAGAGUUGGUUAUGUUGCAGAGCUGCCCUAAUCCUCCGAAGAAGAUCCGACCAGGGAAAUAUUGGUACGAUAAGAUGUCGGGAUUUUGGGGGAAGGAUGGAGAGAAGCCGAGCCAGAUUAUUAGUGCUUUAUUGCCUGUUGGUUAUCAAAUUAGGCAAGAUGCUAGUAAUGGGAAUACGAAUGUGCUGAUAAAUAGUCGAGAGAUUACUACCGAAGAACUCUGGAUGUUGAGGGCUGCUGGAAUUCACUGUGAAGGAAAUACACAUUUUUGGGUUACGCCAGAUGGAUCGUACCAGCAUGAAGGCAUGAAUUAUGUAAUGGGAAAAUUAUGGGACAAGAAAAGGGUGAGGCUGCUAUGUGCUGCUCUAUCUUUGCCGUACCCUUCUGAUACUGCAAAUCUUAGUAAUGAAGAUGUUGACAAGAACAACGAUAAAGUUAAUUCGAAAAACGUAGAACAGAGCACGAUGAAUAAGCUUCUCCUAAUUGGCUGUGACCAAUCUGGAACUAGCACGAUAUUUAAACAGGCGAAAAUUCUGUAUAAUGUGCCUUUUUCAGAAGACGAGAAGCAAAGCAUCAAAGUCGUGAUUCAAAGAAAUUUGUACAGAUACAUCGGGAUACUUCUCGAGGGGCGUGAGAUCUUCGAAGAAGAUCGUUUGAUAGAGAUGCAGAAACAAAAUAGUAAUGAGUCUGGUCCUUCAGGUAAUUCUUGCCAGGUUGAUGAAAAGACAGUUUUGUCCCUCAGUCCAAAGCUUGAGGCUUUCUCGAGUUGGCUAAUCCAAAUUAUGGCUUCAGGCAAUUUAGAUGCCAUAUUCCCAGCCGCCACUCGAGAGUAUUCACAUUUAGUCGAAGAGUUGUGGAAAGACGGAGCUUUUCAAGCCAUUUACAAACGGAGGAACGAACUGCACAUGCUGCCAAGAGUUGCUAAUUAUUUCUUGGAUCAUGCUGUUGAAAUUUCACGGAUAGACUAUGAGCCAUCCGAAAUGGAUAUCUUAUACGCCGAGGGCAUAACUUCUUCCAACGGAAUUGCAUCUAUGGAAUUUUCCUUUCCAAAGUCUUCUCAAGAUGAGUACAUGGAAUCUUCGGAUCAAAACAACCAAUCAUUAAAAUACCAGCUCAUUAGAGUACAUGCAAGCGGCCUCGGAGAAAACUGCAAAUGGUUGGAAAUGUUCGAAGAUGUUGACCUUGUCCUAUACUGCGUCUCCUUAACAGAAUACGACGAAUACUACGAAGACAUAAACGGGACCCGCACAAACAAGAUGCUGGCAGCCAGGACACUCUUCGAGUGCAUCGCCACUCAUCCAUCUCUGCAUGAGAAAGACUUCCUUCUCAUACUCAACAAGUUCGACCUUCUAGAAGAAAAGAUCGAACAAUCUCCUCUAACACAAUGCGAAUGGUUUCACGAUUUCAACCCCGUUUUCAGCCUUCAUCCGCACAGUUCCAAAAGUAACAACAACCCACCUCUGGCUGAACGGGCUUUUCAUUAUAUUGCAUUGAAGUUCAAAAGUGUGUUCAGCUCUUUAACGGGCCGGAAAUUGUUUGUGUCACGGGCCACUGGAUUGGAGGCUGAUAGCAUCGAUAAAGCGCUUAGAUACGGUAAAGAGAUUGUGAAGUGGGCCGAUGAAAAACAUACUGUUGAUAUGAAUGAGUGGUCCAGUGAUAGCACAGAGCCUAGCACAUCUCCCUGAAAAAUCAAGCAUAUAUAUAUUAUGUAUGUAUAUAUAUACACACAUUUGCAAUUUCUGGUCAAAUAAUAUGACCAUGGCUAUGAAGAUAUUAGGCCUUGUGUCAAAUGUGUGUGAUGAAGUUGUAAAGGUAUCUGUGAAAAGGUGUAAGAACAAUAUCCAUAUUUGUAAGAACAUGGUUAUAUUUUAAAGGGUAAAUUACAAUCACCCCUGAGGUACGGUAGAAUUAAGAAAAUCCCCUCUUAUUUGGG